AUGGCAUGGAUUACUGGCUUGGACCCAGCAGGACCUCUAUUUGAAGGACCUGUAUCAUUGGUAGGAUUACAACCUGGAGAUGCUAGGUUUGUGGACGUCAUUCAUACAAAUCCUAUCUUUCUCGGAGAUCCAGACAGGCUUGGAGACGUUGAUAUACGCUUUAAUUGUGACAUGUUACAUCAGCCUGGAUGCCCAAGAAAUUAUAUAGAAAGUUGCAGUCACUUUCGUGCCCCGCUUUAUUUCGCUGAAUCUAUCAACUCUCCUAGAGGGUUUGCGACUGUCCAGGCAAGAACCUGUCUUGAUUGGAGGUCCAGGCGAAAUAAUCGAAAUGGAAGGAUUCUAUACUGGGGAGAAAAUAUUGAUACACAGGCAAAAGGAACCUACUAUAUAAGGACUAAUCGAUCACCGCCGUUUGAAAGAGGACUUAAUGGAAUACGACCAUAAACUAAUUAAUAUUUAAUUGUAUCA